UCAAUCUUUUACGUCAUCACUUGAACUUGAACUCGCACUUGGGCAUUUCUGCGAGACGCGCCGGCUCUUAGAAUAACUGGUUAGCAAGUUCUUUCAAAGUGUAUUCGUAGUGAGGGUGGCGCAAAUGGAAUUAGCUGCAGCAAGAAGGGUUGUCAUGAUGGACCUCGGAGUUUGGGCUGACCGCACCCCCAUGCACGAGGCUGCGUGUUUUGGGCGAGUGUUGGCGCUGAAAGAACUGAUUGACAACGGGAACCCGGUCAACAUCGUAACAGUGGACAACACCACGCCGCUCCACGACGCAUGCAUACACGGGAACGCACACUGCGUGCGCCUGUUGCUGCAGGCAGGUGCGCAGAUUGAAGUGAGGAACAUCCAUGGUAGCACGGCCCUGUGUCAUGCCUGUGCAGUAGGGAGUGUGGCUUGUGUCAGACUGCUACUGGAAUACGGAGCCAGGAUCAACCCCACCCUCACCGCACUCACUGCCACUCCACUACACGAGGCCUGCAACAGAGGAAACUCUGAGUGUGUGCGGCUGUUGAUCUCCAAAGGAGCAGAGCUAGAAUCCUACGAUGUCCACACGGGCACCCCACUACACACUGCCUGUGCCAAGGGGAACACACACUGCGCAUUUGAGCUACUCAACGCAGGAGCUAAUGUGGAGGCCUCCAACUUCCAUACCACUGCCCUGCACCACGCUGCACGGUCCGGGUCAGCUGACCUCAUCGAGCUACUGGUUCAGUUCGGGGGUGACGUGUACACCAGCGACAACCUGAACAUGAGACCCCUGGACUACACUGACCCCGACUCCCCAGCACGACUCGCUCUGAUCCAUUACCUCAGCGUCCCUCUGUCUUUGCAACAGCUAUGCAGGAUCCGAGUGAGGAGACGUUUGGGUACCAGAGCUCUGGAAGUCUUACCCCAACUUGGCUUGUGUCAGCCCAUUUUGGACUACCUCUGUUAUAAAUAAUGCACGCGCACACACACACACACACACACACACACACACACACACACACACACACACACACACACACACACACACACACACACACACACACACACACACACACACACACAAACACUGCUCACACGCUACUGAUCUUCGUUUCCUAGUGAAAUGUGCCUAAAGUGUAUAGGCUAUGUAAAUAAUAAAUAUUUUGCUGUGCUGUGGAUGUUUCUAUGUGAAUUGUGGUGACUUUGAAUACUGUUUAAUAAAGCUGAAAAGUAAAUUUUA